CUCUGCGUGACCGCGGCAGGUUGGUCUUGGAGCAGAUGAGCGCAGAAUAUUGAGGCGAAAGCGCGAGGAGGGGGGGAUCGCGGGGGCAGAAGGAGUAUCUCGGCCAAGAAAAUUAUGCAUGCGUUAGGGAAGCUCUGAGAGAAUGGCUGUGGAAGCUCUCCACUGCGGUUUGAAUCCACGGGCUAUUGACCACCCUGCCCGUGCUGAAGGCAUUAAACUGCAAAUUGGAGGUGAAGGUGUUGAGUCUCAAUCCAUUAAAAACAAAAACUUCCAGAAGGUGCUUGACCAGAAAGGAACCCCCAAGCGACUGCAGGCAGAAGCUGAGACGGCAAAGUCAGCGACGGUGAAGCUGUCAAAACCGGUGGCUCUGUGGACUCAGCAGGAUGUCUGCAAGUGGUUGAAGAAGCACUGUCCGAAUCAGUACCAGAUCUACAGCGAGUCAUUCAAACAGCACGACAUCACUGGACGAGCCUUGCUGAGACUCACUGACAAAAAGCUGGAGCGAAUGGGGAUUGCCCAGGAAAGCCUCCGGCAGCAUAUCCUGCAACAGGUGCUCCAGCUGAAAGUGCGAGAGGAAGUCAGAAACCUACAGUUACUCACACAAGAUUCUGAGCUCCUUCAAGAUGGAAUCCUACAAGAAAGGGCAGAACACAAGAACAAUGGUGACCAGAUUUGUCUCUUCCCCGAGUGAGGAAUAUUGCACAGUAGAGAGGGGCUUCUUAGAUUGGGAAGGUUUCUCUCCCUCCAGCCAUGGCUGUGCCUUCUGUGCCCCCAGGAAGCUCUGGCCCCACCGCUGACACCGGCUUUCCACAGUCCACAGGAGAAGAUAUCUUUAAAGAAGAUCUAGACCCAAACUCCAGCCUCCAUGAAGAAUAAAGUAAACUGAGAUUCUCAACACCACACUUUUCAGAAGUUGGGUCUAGCAGACAGAAAUUUAGAAUAAUUUUCAGAUAUGUGAAAAAUGAUGAAGACCAACAUUUUGUCAUUCCAAAACAAGCAAGAAUUAAAAGGAGGCUUGAAUGAUGAACGAUAUAAUUCAGAUUAGACUUCGGAAGGACUUCCUAACAGGCAGAGAAAUCUAUUUUUUUUUUCAUUUUGGAAUUUUUCCUGCAGUUCUCAAAUGCAAAGUGUCAUCUCUCUAUGUAAAAUAAGCACAGUUAUUUCAAAUAGCAAAACCUAGGCUUUAUCUUUCCAUCAGUUUUUCAUGCAACAAAAAUGGAGAGUGCACGUAGCCUAUGCCAGGCGCGGUGCCGUGGUCCAGGGUCACAGAGGGAACAGACACAGGCCAGCUCCCCCUGGAGCUCACUGACUGAUGCUUUGUGCCCCGUACCAAGUUGGUGAAUACAC